CUAAUAUUCCUCUACCUAUUCCCCCCUUUAUACUAUGCUAUCUUGCGAGAUUAGUCCCUAAUUAAUAAGCAUUCUCUAUUCAAGUACAGUAUUAUUCUGAUUGUAUCACUUAGCCUAUUCACAUAAACAAACAAAUACUAAAUCGGAGAAAACUAGAGAAAAAGCGUUACAAAAAAAAUACUGCAGAUGGCUCAACAUGGUUCACUAGAAGAAUUCUUGGCUGUUGCUAUUGAUGCAGCUAAAAGAGCUGGAGAGAUAAUCCGCAAAGGAUUUUAUGAGACUAAGCAUGUGGUGCACAAAGGAGAGGUGGAUUUGGUCACAGAGACUGACAAGGCAUGUGAAGAUCUCAUAUUCAAUCAUCUCAAGCAACAUUUUCCAACUCACAAGUUCAUAGGUGAAGAGACUUCUGCUGCUACUGGAGAUUUUGAGCUAACUGAUGAACCAACUUGGAUAGUUGAUCCGGUUGAUGGAACAACUAAUUUUGUGCACGGGUUUCCUUCUGUCUGUGUCUCAAUUGGUCUCACAAUCGAGAAGAUUCCAACAAUUGGUGUCGUUUAUGACCCAAUUAUCGAUGAGCUUUUCACUGGAAUUGACGGGAAAGGUGCGUUUCUCAACGGGAAGCCUAUCAAAGUAUCUUCACAAUCCGAACUCAUGAAGUCCCUCCUUGGCACUGAGGUUGUACCUACACGGGAUAACUUAACUAUAGAAGCUACAACGAGGCGAAUCAACAACCUGCUUUUCAAGGUCAGAUCACUCCGAAUGUGCGGUUCGUGUGCACUCGAUCUCUGUUGGGUGGCGUGUGGAAGGCUUGAACUCUUCUAUUUAACUGGAUUUGGAGGCCCUUGGGAUGUGGCUGGUGGCGCCAUAAUACUGAAGGAAGCUGGAGGCGUCCUAUUUGAUCCAUCCGGUUCAGAAUUUGACAUUACAGCCCAACGGGUAGCUGCAACGAACCCUCAUCUCAAGGAUGCAUUUAUCGAGGCCUUGCAGCAAUCAGUAUAAUCAUUGUCAUGGGAAAUGGAAAGAAGCCACUUCCGAACCAGUUGAGUUCUUUCAUUAUUAAACCUGAUAAAGCUAUUCUUCUGGUCUUUACACCAUCUUAAGGAUGUGCCUUGUGAGCAUAUUGCCAAGAGAAUUCACUUCUUGUCCUGCAUUACUAGUUUCUGAUCUUAAGCAUGUAAGUAAAAUUUAUUAAAUAGUAGAUAUUGCUAUUGAUUUUCCUCAAUUUUAUCAGAAAACACUGCAAUGACAGAGACUUAACUGAAAAAAUAAGAAUCCCCAUAGUGGAGAAUAAUUUUGUCUAUGCUGAAUUGCUGAUCCAGAA